AUUCAGGUGGGGUUCGCUUUAAGAUGACUUUGGACUGAAGCGCCGGGCCUCGACACAACCAUGCAGCCCAGAAUGAUCGGCCUUGUGGUCUUGUUUGGGUUCUUCACUUACAGCCUGGCUGUACCUGUGCAGAACUCCACCGCUGAAGGGAAAGUGAGGCUGAAGAGGAAAUUCUCAGAAGAGCUGACAGACCUGGAUGAAGCCAACGCGAUGGACCAAAUCCUCGCGGUGAACAGCAAUCUGAAAGCUCCUCGGGGCGUGUCGAUCAGAGAUGGAGAUAUUGCCAGCACAUAUCCGCACAGCGCGAUCACGUGCCCUGGAAACACCUGUCUGUGGCCCAAGUCAGUGGAUGGAUUUGUUUACGUCCCCUACAUCAUCUCUCCGUUGUACGAUGACAUGGACAGAAUCACGAUAGAAACUGGAAUGGAGGACAUUGCAGCCGGAACUUGUAUUCGAUUUGUUCCUCGCACGCACGAGAGCAACUUCCUUGACAUACAGCCGAGAUACGGCUGCUGGUCCUUCCUGGGGCAAACAGGAGGCAGUCAGACGCUGUCUCUGCAGACCCCGGGGUGCAUGUGGUCAGGGGUGGCUGCGCACGAGUUCAUGCACGCGCUGGGCUUUGUGCACGAGCAGUCCCGCUCCGACAGAGAUCUCCACGUCACUAUUGUGUGGAAGAACAUCAUGGCAGAUCGCAUCCACAAUUUUAGGAAACAUGCUACGAACAACCUGAACAGCCCGUAUGACUACAGCUCCAUAAUGCACUAUGGAAGGUACGCCUUCUCAGAGGACGGCGGACCCACUAUCAUCCCAAAACCAGACCCAUACAUCCCCAUUGGCCAAAGAGAUGGGCCGAGUGCUUUGGAUCUUCACAAAAUAAAUGUUCUAUACAGCUGUGGUGCCUAUAACUGACCAGAUGCUUCGCUGAACCUUCUAGAACCACAACAUCGCAACUGAAAAAAUAUUUCUCCCAUUAUUGUAACCACAAAGUUCCAUAAAUUCAUCUGCUUGAGUAGGGGUUGAUCAUAUUUACCAUAUAUAGUACUAUAUAAUAAUGCUUAACAGACACCAAAUUGUUUAAAAUAAUAAUAAUAAUAAAAUAAAUGUAAUUUAAUGCCUAAAUAUCAUUUAAAAAAAAAACAAAUUCCAUAAAUAAACUGAAGAUAAGUUAAGUGAAAAAAAUGAAAGAAUCGCCAUAAAGUGCCAUGAGGUGUAUUAAAGAGGUGUAAAACAAAAACUUCAAGUGGCCCUCUCGGGGGCCCAACCAACCAACCCUUGGUAAAGGAUCACUGGAAGAGAGAAUUUGAUCUACGCUUGUUUGGAUGUAGCAUGUUGUUUGGCUGAAAGAAAUCCUUCCAACUUCAUUGGGACUUCAUGAGCGUCAUCUUCAGCAUGUACUGUAACUAGUAUUAUGAACAAGAAACUCAACUCAACUGAAGCAGUAUAUGAGUUAAAUCUUAUAUACUCUCAGGAUACAAAACAAUCACACAAAUGAGUGAUUAAAUAAUAUGACGAGUAAAGUCUUACUGUUCUUAUGCAUAAAUACUGGUCAGGAUUUCAAGUU